CAUCAACUAACUCGAAGUCUAGAAAGCUUCCCUUUUGCUCUUCAUUAUUGCUUUGAUCAGUCCUAAAAGCAUCCAUUUUCCCAAUAAUCAUGACAUUUGAUUAAUUGGUAAUUACUAGCAAAUUUGUACUUUUCUCCAAAAAGAAUGUAAUUUCAAGGUUUAUGCAAAAGUUAUGGGGAAAGCAAGCAAAUGGAUCAGAAACUUCUUACUAGGCAUCAAAAAGGAUCAAGAGAAGGUCAACAAGGAAGAAAAGAAGGCAGUAAAAAAUAUCAUCAGUUCAUCAUCAAAUAGUGUUCCUGAAGAAGAAGAAGAAGAAGCAUCAGAAAGAAGCCCAAACCAGGCCAUCUUAUCAGUUACAAAAGAGAAGAGAAGAUGGAGUUUCAGGAAAUCCAGCACGACUACAAACAAAAUCACGCAGCGUAACAGAUCAUUCGAUUCGAUUUCGACCGUCCGGUUAGUGAAGCAAGUCUUGGAGGAGCACGAAAUCGAACAGAUUCGGAUUAAAGCUCAUGUGCUGGUGAAAUCUUGCAAUGAAGUUAAGGGAAGAAGUAGUAAUAUUGCACCAUUUGCUACUAAUAAUAAUGCGAAAUCGCAAGCUGCCAUCAUAAUUCAAUCCGCAUUUCGCUCAUAUUUGGCGAGGAAGGCGUUGCGAGCUUUAAGAGCCCUUGUGAAGUUACAAGCCCUAGUAAGAGGUCAUCUAGUCAGAAAACAAACAACAGCCGUACUAAGAAGUAUGCAUGCUUUGAUGACUAUUCAAGUUAGAGCUCGCUACAAGAGAGUCCAAAUGGUGGAGACCGGAUCAAAUCCUGAAACUUUGUACAACAAAUCACACAAAACGGAAAAAUCAAUUGAUCAUGAAGGAAGAAAAAGAUUGGAGGGCAGAAGCGGAUCUUUUGAUCAAUAUUCCAAAGUUGAAACAAUGGAACAAGGAUAUUCGAUGAGAAAAUCAUCGUGUAAUGGAGAAGGUCAUCAGGAAGAAGAUGUCAAAACUUGGAGUCCGUCAGCAAUAUUCAAUGAUAUAAUAAUAUCCUCAAAAGACAACAAUAAUGGCAAACACAAAGGAACAAAUUUGCCGGCAGCAUUGAGUUCUUCUACUAGUCAUAAUUAUCAUCAUCCAAGUUACAUGUCCAACACACAAUCUUCAAAGGCAAAAGGAAGAAUUAGGUCACAAAGUGAACCUAAACAACGUCCCAAAAUUGGGACAACCCAAAACCAAAAGAGCCGGCGAUCAAUGUCUAUAGAAAACCAGCAACCAUGGUUGAUUAAACUUUAUCGGUCUGCAAGACCACUCAAGGAUGCAAUCUAGCUUAGCUAAGACUAGACACACCUUUUUCACUGUGUGACAUGAUUUUUUUUUUAAUUAUUAGUAUCAUUAUAAUUUUAUCGGAUGUAACGUACAAUCUAUUUUUUUAAUUAUUAAUUUGCAUUGAGAAACCCCGUUGUUAAUCCAUUUGGGAUACCAGAGUUAGUCAACUUGCUUGGGAUACCCCGUUUUUGGUCUGAUUUAGCUUUUAAUAAUCUUACCUAUCUUAUAAUUAAGGUGGCCAAUAAUAAUUGCAAA